AUGGCGGCGAACUGGGAUCCGAAGGAGCUUGUGCGCACAGACAACCCACCAAAUGUGCCCGCAAAUGAAGAACAAGCUUUUGUAGCCCGGCUGAUGACUGGUGACUUGAGCGCCUACGAAGAGCUAAUGGAAGACCUCCACGAUGACGAGGCCAUGGUCACUAUCAGGAGUAACGGCAAGGAACGACACCGAGUCUGGGUCGGAACCAUGCCAGUCGAGGACGUAGACAAUGACGGCAACAUCAUCAAGUAUACUGACAAGAUGUAUUUGGACUAUGGAGGAGCUGGUGGUACGGAUACUGGCGCCGACUGGCAGGCCAAAAUAUGGUACGGCACACGCAAGAUCAAGCACUCGAAAGCAAGCUCGAGCGCUCAGAUCGACCUGGGCAUGCCUCUGAAGUGGCACGACGACAGGCUGUCAGGUGUUCACUUUGACAAGCAGCUCCUAGCCCUAGGUAUCACUGACAAACCACAGCGGGAGAAGAUAUGGAAGAGGGUCCUGCUUCGUACGUGGCGAGCGUAUCAUCCGCAUGUGAAGAUGGUGAAGAAGCCCAAGAAAAAGGACCAAGGCCUGGUCUCCAAACACACGACGACGAUAACCGGCAAACAGUCUCGCAAUGAUGACCAGGCCCCAGGUCAGCCGGACGAUGACCAGACAGUCGAGGACACCAUCUGCUCCGAGUGGGGCGUCGACUCCGUCGAAGCGUUGUGGGAGCUGUUCAACCAUCAGCCUCAGGCAUUCGUGAAUUUCAUCGACAAGGACGAGGGCCUGGCCAACGCUGUGGCACAGGGCGCCGUCGACAGUCUCAGCGGGGGCGACUUUGCGCCUAUGACCCAAAAGGCCCUGGUCAAAGCUGCCAUCGCGACAAUUGAGCAGAACUUGGCCCAGGUCUCGCUGUCUGCGACCUACAGCGAGUGGCUGAAUCGUGCGAGCACUGGAGCGAAGGGACGAGUCACGAGUGGUACGAAGCCCUCGUUGCAAGAGCGAGCCCUGAUGAAACAAGAGCAGUCCAAGGACGAAGAGAAGCGCCUGCGUCGGGAGGAGAAGCAGCAGAAGAAGCUUCGCAAGGAGGAGAAGAAGCUUCGUAAGGAGGAGAAGAAGCGCCGCAAGGAGGGAAAGCAGCGCCGCAAGGAGGAGAAGCAGCGCCGCAAGGAGGAAGAGCAGGCAAGCACGGACAAUGAGUCGCAGCCCAGUGACGACCGUGACGAGGCAUUGGAGGACAAAGACGAGCGACUUUCGCGCUCACAGAGGAAGCACGCACGCCACCAGGCCUCGUCUUCCGACCAGGACGGGGCUCCCCGCCGCAAGAAGGGAAAGUCUUCGCGUAGUAAAUCUCGGGCAGCCGACGACGAGGAUGAGGCCGAGGCUGAGGUGUCUACACAGAAGAAGCUCACCAAUCGCAAGCAUCACCGCCAGACUCCGCCGAAGGAACCAGCAUACGAAGACGAGGACGAGGAUGAGGAUGAGGACGAGGAUGAGGAUGAGGACGAGGACGAAGAUCAGGGCCAAGUGUCUUCGUACGAGGAGAGUCGCACGACUGAGCAGACGACCACGGCUUUUGAGGAGGACCUUGAGGACCUGGACGACUUUGUGGUAGCUGCUGCAUGA